CGGGACGACCCGCGUACCCCUAGAAACACGUACCCCCUCUCGCCCAAUCCCUACUUUCUGUUAGCAGAAGCAAACAAGUCGAUCACGGACAGGAAGUUCGACCGCGCACUAGAGCUGCUCGGCGCGGCUUGCGACCGGGACGAAGAGUGCACAGCCAACUGCAGUGGGGGAAUGUGCGCGCAGGCCUGGUACAGCCGGGGAAUUGCGCACCUGGGACGGUAUGGGAAGGACGAGACUGAGCACGACUCCGCGUGCGAAAAGGUCUUUCCGAAAGCGAUCAGGAUUAUUACCGAAAAAUGUGCUCAAGAUUUGCACGUGGCGCUCAUGGAGGUCGUCAGAGGAAAAAACAUCGACUGCACAAAGGAGAAGCUCGCACAAGAAUACAAUCAUCAAUAUGCGACAAAAAAUCCGUGUAUGCCGUAAACUGUCCUUGUAUAAUACCACCAGCCCCUCAACAUCGCACUGCAUGAUAAAACAUUGCACCCGAAUGUAGAUCUCCUGUGUCCGAAGCUGCUUGCGGCGACGGCGAAAAGUUUUCAGUUUCACUCAGUUGCAGGACGGUAUGCAUGAAAAGGCCAUGUAAUUUUUCACAAACGGCGAGACGCCCCCACUCUCUUGCAAAUUUGGCCUCGGCAUUUUGAUUUAUGUCUGUUCACUCCGUCACUUGGCAUUAAGAUAUGUCUGUUCACUCCGUCAUUUAGCGUGAAUGUCAAUUUUUUUCAUUCUGUUCCGCGACCUUGCUAGUUCAUCACACGGUCUCUUUUGUCUGGGAUACAAAUAUCAGUAUCUAUAAUGGCAUGGCGGCCCAAAUUCGGAACGUGAUGGGUGACCCCAAUGCCGAUUUUGACAAGAGACAAGCGGG